UCUGUAGUUUUGUAAUUCUGUUUCAGGUCUCCUGUAUUAGUUGGAUGGUUGAUCUGCUUUCGAAAUGAUGAAGUGAAAGUGGAGAUCCGAAGCACCGGUGACUAGUAUUGUUUGUUGCUACACCAUUUUUAGUUUUUACACUUAAAAUGUCGUACUUUAAGGUGGUCCGACGUCUUUGCGGACUGGCUGGCGGCUCUGCGGUGCUAGUCGCUGCAGCUGCUGUCUAUGCCGAAUCCCGAGAUUCAUUUGGGGAAAAAAGCGGAGAACAACGCACGAGACGUUGGGGAGCGAUUGGGUCUCUCUAUGCCGCCCAGAAAUGGAGAGCUGGGACCGAUGAGACGGAACCCAGAAAGGGAAGAUGGGACUCCAACUGGGACAGGCGGGAACCAGCAUAUCAGACAAAUGGAAAGAAAAGGGGAACAGAUGCAAAUGACACAGAGCUCUUUGUAGAGAAUAAAAAGCCCAAAGCAACAAGACAUAUCUUAUUAAUCCGACAUUCACAGUACAACCUGAAUGGUCAUUCUGAUAAGGACAGGACUCUUACUGGGUUAGGUCAAGAACAAGCAGAGCUGACUGGACAGCGAUUGGCUACUUUGGGGCUGAAGUAUGAUGUUCUCAUUCAUUCUUCUAUGACAAGAGCUGUGGAGACAGCAAACAUUAUUAGUAAAUAUAUACCAGGUGUUCAAAAAGUGAGCUGUGAUUUACUUAGGGAAGGUGCUCCCAUUGAACCAGAUCCACCAAUUAAUCACUGGAAGCCAGACUCUGUGCAGUAUUAUGAGGAUGGUGCACGCAUUGAAGCUGCCUUCCGACGCUACAUUCAUCGAGCUGAGACCAAUCAGUUGGAGGAUACCUACGAGAUCAUUAUUUGUCAUGCCAAUGUUAUUCGGUACUUUGUGUGCAGGGCUCUGCAGUUCCCUUCCGAGGGAUGGCUGCGAAUGGGUCUGAAUCACGGCAGCAUCACAUGGCUUACCAUCCGCCCCAGUGGAAGGGUGACACUCCGAACACUUGGUGACUCAGGAUUCAUGCCCGCAGAGAAAGUGACACGCUCCUAAUGGGGUUUGCUCUUUAAUACCCACCAGUCUCGGGUGUUUCAGGCAUCUGGAAAGGUGGAAUCUUUUCAGGAAAUGGCCUCAAGUGUCUUGAAUUUACUGGUUUUUAAUUGUUUUGAUAAUUUGUAUUGAUUUUGUGUGUCCAAGGAGUUUUUGUAUUUUUGUUAACGUGGAUUGUAUCUUUUACCUGUAUUGCCAUGCAAACAUAAUCCAAAAUCUUGUCAAAUUUAGGGCCUUGUUAACCUGUAUAAGAAAGUGAGACUUGAUCUUUAAGAAACAUCACAGCUUUAAUUAAAGCUCCUGUUUGUCCUGACUAUUCUUAAAUCAUGUUGCUUUGAAUUCUUGGAGCUCCAUCUUUGAUUUAACAAGUGAGACGACCCUGAACUUUGAAAUCUCUCUUAAGACUGCAUAUUGGGUUAUUUGUUUUGGCCUGGUGAAUUGUGUAGUAGUGUUACAAUUUCUUAUUUAAAACGCAUGUUGUUCUUCAUGGUGACCUAACUUGCAUAUUAAUGUAGGUGCAAUUUCUGAAUGAAAGAGCAACUGUAUAAUUGAUUCAUUUUAAGUAAUAAAUGUUAUAUU